UGAAUCUUCUAACUUUCACAAACUCAAUCAUUUUCAUCUUCAAGCAGAAGAAGCGUCGCGAAGGUCUUCAAGCCACGCAGCAACCUCAGUUCGCUCCUUCCGCCGAUUCUGCUGCUUCUACCGUCGACAAAAAGUUGGAGAGUUUGCCUUCCAUGAUUGGUGGUGUAUGGUCGAAGGAGAGAAACUUACAGCUCGAAGCGACUACUCAGUUCCGGAAACUGCUUUCUAUUGAGCGUAGUCCUCCAAUCGAGGAGGUGAUAGAAGCUGGUGUUGGGCCUCGGUUUGUGGAGUUUCUCAUGAGGGAGGAUUAUCCACAGCUCCAGGUUUGGUGCAUCCAUCAUGUAUCUGUCACAUUUGUGUACAACAGAUUAGGCUGUUGGUUUCUCAGAGUGAUGAUGUCCUUGAGCAGGCAUCCAUCACCAUCUGUGCUUAUUCCUGCCCUCCGUAGCAUCGGUAACAUUUUCACUGGUGAUGAUGCACAGACACAGAAGAAGCGUCGCGAAGGUCUUCAAGCCACGCAGCAACCUCAGUUCGCUCCUUCCGCCGAUUCUGCUGCUUCUACCGUCGACAAAAAGUUGGAGAGUUUGCCUUCCAUGAUUGGUGGUGUAUGGUCGAAGGAGAGAAACUUACAGCUCGAAGCGACUACUCAGUUCCGGAAACUGCUUUCUAUUGAGCGUAGUCCUCCAAUCGAGGAGGUGAUAGAAGCUGGUGUUGUGCCUCGGUUUGUGGAGUUUCUCAUGAGGGAGGAUUAUCCACAGCUCCAGGUUUGGUGCAUCCAUCAUGUAUCUGUCACAUUUGUGUACAACAGAUUAGGCUGUUGGUUUCUCAGAGUGAUGACGUCCUUGAGCAGUCUUAAUCUGUUUAUGUGGAAGGCUGUUUGGGCAUUAGGGAAUGUUGCUGGUGACUCUCCACGAUGCAGAGAUCUUGUACUAAGUCAGGGAGCUUUGUUACCACUACUUUCUCAGUUGAAUGAGCAUGCUAAACUUUCAAUGCUGAGAAAUGCUACUUGGACCCUCUCAAACUUCUGCAGGGGAAAGCCACAGCCUACUUUUGACCAGGUUUGUCUCUCAUUUCUUCCUGAGUUUGUCCUUAUGAUCAAGGAAGAUUAUGUAAUUUCUCUGAUCUCUCAAGAACUGGUUAGCCCAGGACUUCCGGCCCUUGAACGCCUGAUUCACUCGACUAAUGAGGAAGUGUUGACGGAUGCCUGUUGGGCCCUCUCUUAUCUUUCUGAUGGCACAAAUGACAUAUUGAGGCCGGUGUUGUUCCUCGACUUGUGGAGCUUCUCCAUGAAUCUUCUAACUUUCACAAACUCAAUCAUUUUCAUCUUCAAGCAGAAGAAGCGUCGCGAAGGUCUUCAAGCCACGCAGCAACCUCAGUUCGCUCCUUCCGCCGAUUCUGCUGCUUCUACCGUCGACAAAAAGUUGGAGAGUUUGCCUUCCAUGAUUGGUGGUGUAUGGUCGAAGGAGAGAAACUUACAGCUCGAAGCGACUACUCAGUUCCGGAAACUGCUUUCUAUUGAGCGUAGUCCUCCAAUCGAGGAGGUGAUAGAAGCUGGUGUUGUGCCUCGGUUUGUGGAGUUUCUCAUGAGGGAGGAUUAUCCACAGCUCCAGGUUUGGUGCAUCCAUCAUGUAUCUGUCACAUUUGUGUACAACAGAUUAGGCUGUUGGUUUCUCAGAGUGAUGAUGUCCUUGAGCAGUCUUAAUCUGUUUAUGUGGAAGGCUGUUUGGGCAUUAGGGAAUGUUGCUGGUGACUCUCCACGAUGCAGAGAUCUUGUACUAAGUCAGGGAGCUUUGUUACCACUACUUUCUCAGUUGAAUGAGCAUGCUAAACUUUCAAUGCUGAGAAAUGCUACUUGGACCCUCUCAAACUUCUGCAGGGGAAAGCCACAGCCUACUUUUGACCAGGUUUGUCUCUCAUUUCUUCCUGAGUUUGUCCUUAUGAUCAAGGAAGAUUAUGUAAUUUCUCUGAUCUCUCAAGAACUGGUUAGCCCAGGACUUCCGGCCCUUGAACGCCUGAUUCACUCGACUAAUGAGGAAGUGUUGACGGAUGCCUGUUGGGCCCUCUCUUAUCUUUCUGAUGGCACAAAUGACAAAAUCCAAUAUGUCAUUGAGGCCGGUGUUGUUCCUCGACUUGUGGAGCUUCUCCAGCAUCCAUCACCAUCUGUGCUUAUUCCUGCCCUCCGUAGCAUCGGUAACAUUUUCACUGGUGAUGAUGCACAGACACAGAAGAAGCGUCGCGAAGGUCUUCAAGCCACGCAGCAACCUCAGUUCGCUCCUUCCGCCGAUUCUGCUGCUUCUACCGUCGACAAAAAGUUGGAGAGUUUGCCUUCCAUGAUUGGUGGUGUAUGGUCGAAGGAGAGAAACUUACAGCUCGAAGCGACUACUCAGUUCCGGAAACUGCUUUCUAUUGAGCGUAGUCCUCCAAUCGAGGAGGUGAUAGAAGCUGGUGUUGUGCCUCGGUUUGUGGAGUUUCUCAUGAGGGAGGAUUAUCCACAGCUCCAGGUUUGGUGCAUCCAUCAUGUAUCUGUCACAUUUGUGUACAACAGAUUAGGCUGUUGGUUUCUCAGAGUGAUGACGUCCUUGAGCAGGGGAAAGCCACAGCCUACUUUUGACCAGGUUUGUCUCUCAUUUCUUCCUGAGUUUGUCCUUAUGAUCAAGGAAGAUUAUGUAAUUUCUCUGAUCUCUCAAGAACUGGUUAGCCCAGGACUUCCGGCCCUUGAACGCCUGAUUCACUCGACUAAUGAGGAAGUGUUGACGGAUGCCUGUUGGGCCCUCUCUUAUCUUUCUGAUGGCACAAAUGACAAAAUCCAAUAUGUCAUUGAGGCCGGUGUUGUUCCUCGACUUGUGGAGCUUCUCCAGCAUCCAUCACCAUCUGUGCUUAUUCCUGCCCUCCGUAGCAUCGGUAACAUUUUCACUGGUGAUGAUGCACAGACACAGAAGAAGCGUCGCGAAGGUCUUCAAGCCACGCAGCAACCUCAGUUCGCUCCUUCCGCCGAUUCUGCUGCUUCUACCGUCGACAAAAAGUUGGAGAGUUUGCCUUCCAUGAUUGGUGGUGUAUGGUCGAAGGAGAGAAACUUACAGCUCGAAGCGACUACUCAGUUCCGGAAACUGCUUUCUAUUGAGCGUAGUCCUCCAAUCGAGGAGGUGAUAGAAGCUGGUGUUGUGCCUCGGUUUGUGGAGUUUCUCAUGAGGGAGGAUUAUCCACAGCUCCAGGCUGUUUGGGCAUUAGGGAAUGUUGCUGGUGACUCUCCACGAUGCAGAGAUCUUGUACUAAGUCAGGGAGCUUUGUUACCACUACUUUCUCAGUUGAAUGAGCAUGCUAAACUUUCAAUGCUGAGAAAUGCUACUUGGACCCUCUCAAACUUCUGCAGGGGAAAGCCACAGCCUACUUUUGACCAGGUUUGUCUCUCAUUUCUUCCUGAGUUUGUCCUUAUGAUCAAGGAAGAUUAUGUAAUUUCUCUGAUCUCUCAAGAACUGGUUAGCCCAGGACUUCCGGCCCUUGAACGCCUGAUUCACUCGACUAAUGAGGAAGUGUUGACGGAUGCCUGUUGGGCCCUCUCUUAUCUUUCUGAUGGCACAAAUGACAAAAUCCAAUAUGUCAUUGAGGCCGGUGUUGUUCCUCGACUUGUGGAGCUUCUCCAGCAUCCAUCACCAUCUGUGCUUAUUCCUGCCCUCCGUAGCAUCGGUAACAUUUUCACUGGUGAUGAUGCACAGACACAGAUGAACAAGUGCUCGGGAACAUUAUUUCGGUCGGAGAUCUACAUCGCCCCUAUUGUUUUGGUCGCCGCUAUUCUGACUUGUGUGGUUAGAAAGUUGAGAGAUAACCAUCAUGCUGGCUGGCUUUACUACUGA